AGCAGAUCUAAGUUUAACACAGGACAGAGACUGAGACACAAGUGGGAACAAGGGACUGUCUGGGAAGCCUUGCUUUCCUGUACUGACUGUUUGUACAAGUUGUUUUUAUAUUUCUCUGGAGUUGCCGUCUUAAUUGGAUACAAUUAUGAAUGUUCAAAAGUGUGCCAGGUGCGGGUUUGUGGUGUACCCAGCGGAGAAGAUCAAUCUUAUCGGUCAGAAUUGGCACAAAUCAUGUUUUCACUGUGAAGACUGUAAAAUGGUUCUGACUGCCAAUAAUUUUGUCAGCCAUCAGAAAAGGCCAUACUGCCAAGUGCAUAAUCCAAAGAACAACACUUUUACAAGUGUUUAUGAGACCCCAGUCAACAUCAAUGCCAAGAAGCAAUCUGCGGCAGCCAGUGAGAAUAGAUAUAGAGAAGAAGGGGAGCGUUUUAUGUCCACUUUUCACUAUGACAUGAGAUCAAAAGAAAUCGAGCAAGCUCGUGCGGCCAGCCAGCUUUCCAGUCAGCAAGGUUACCAAACUGAAUUUGUGGGCCAACAGUCAUUUUACUCAGGCAGCGUUACCAGCCAGGAAAUCGUACGUGUGACCCAGGCUCAGAAGACCAUCAGUGACGUGGAAUACAAACGAGGCCAUGAAGCACGUGUGACGCAGUUUACGUCUGUAGCAGACACACCUGAGAUGAUACAUGCCAAGACUGGAGUCUCAUUGGCCAGUGAUGUGAAAUACACAGAGGAAUAUGAACAAUCUAAAGGAAAGGGCAGUUUUCCAGCCAUGAUCACUCCAGGAUAUGAAAUGGCAAAGAAAGCCAAUACACUGGCUAGCAAUUUGGAGUAUAAGAAAGGCCAUGAAGAACGAGUAUCAAAGUACACCGCUGUGACGGAUACUCCUGACGUACUUUUAGCUAAAAAUCAAGGGAAGAUCGUCAGUGAUUAUGUCUACACUGAAGGCUAUGAACAGCAGAGGGGCAAAGGCAGUUUUCCUGCCCACUUCACUCCUGGAUACCAGGUGGCCAAAAAAGCAGGCGAGAUGGCCAGCAAAGUGAAAUAUCAACAGAAAUAUGAGCAGGAGAUUAAGGGCAAGGCCAGCACUGAAGCCGGGGCUGCAGAAUUUGCUUUGGCCAGAGAGAAUGCAGAACACUUCAGUCAGCAUGCCUAUACUGAGGAUUAUGAACAGCAAAAGGGCAAGGGCAGCUUCCCCGCUAUGAUUACCCCUGGAUACCAGAUGGCCAAGAGAGCCCAUGACAUGGCCAGUGAUCUGAAAUACAAGAAGGAUUUGAAGAAGAUGAAGGGAUCUUCUGCAUACCACACUUUAAACACUGAGGACAACCUGACUCUGAUGAGUGCACGCAAGAUCAACAAGCUAAUGAGCGAGGUUGAAUACAAGAAGGACCUUGAGAACACAAAAGGCCACAGCAUCAACUACUGUGAGACGCCACAGUUCAAGAAUGUGUCAAAGAUCGCCAAGUAUACCAGUGAUAAUAAAUACAAAGAGAAUUACACCAAUCACAUGAAGGGGCACUAUGAGGGGGGUGGCAUCGACAAACAGACCAUGCAUGCCAUGAACGUCAGAAAGCUUGCCAGUGAUAUUUCCUACAAAUCAGAAUAUGAGCAGGAGAAGAAUGUACAGGGUGAGUACAACUAUCCAGCCACCAUCACCCCAUCCUAUCAGUCCCAGAAAAAACUGGAGCCGCUCAAAGAUAAAAACUACAGACAACAUAUCGACAAGCUGAAAUUCAGCCAGGUUGCGGACACUCCUGAAAUUGUGCAAGCCAGAAUCAAUGCUCAUCAGCUUAGCAAUCUGAACUACAAAGCCAACUAUGAGAAGACAAAGACACAGUAUACUUCGUCUCAAGAUACACCAGAACUUAAGAAGGCAAAAGCCAAUGCAGAACUUGUCAGUGAUAUCAAAUACAAAGAAAACUGGGAGAAGAACAAAUCCAAAGCAUGUGAUAUCGGCCUGGAUACUCUGACAUUCAAAGCUGCCAAAGCCUCUCGAGACCUAGCUAGUGAUAUCAAGUAUAAGGAGUCAUAUACAAAGAACAAGGACAAAGCCAUUGGAAUGGAUGUGAGUGACUCUAAAACACUGCACUCCCUUCAGGUGGCCAAGCUUAGCAGUCAGGUCGCUUAUAAAAAGGGUUCUAAGGAGACUCAAUCCAAGUUCCACCUUCCUUUGGACAUGGUGAAUCUGAGUCAUGCUAAAAAGGCUCAGGCCCUGGCAAGUGAUUUGGAGUACAGGACGAAGUUACACGAUUACACCGUCCUGCCUGAUGACAUGAAAGUGCAGCAAGCUAAGAAAGCUUACCAACUGCAGAGUGAUAACCAGUACCGGUCAGACCUGACCUGGAUGAAAGGAGUCGGAUGGGAGGCUGAUGGCUGCCUGGAUGUGGAACAAGCCAAGAAGGCAGGAGAACUACUCAGUGAGAAAAAUUAUCGCCAGAAGGUGGAUGGUGUGAAGUUCACACAAGUGGCAGACACUCCUUCCAUCAUACAUGCCAAGAAGAGCCAGGAACUACAGAGUGGCCUGACGUACAAGGCGGGCACUGAGCAGACAAUGCACCAGUACACUAUGAGCAAAGAUGAGCCUCUCUUCAAGCAAGCCAAAGCUAAUGCAAAGCUUCUCAGUGGGAAAACAUAUAAGGGUAUUUGGGAAGAGCAGAGAGAGAAGGGUUUUGAGCUAGGCCUGGACACGCUUUCCAUUCUCGCAGCCAAAACAACAAGAGAUCUCGCCAGUGAUGUGAAGUACAAGCAAGAAUAUGAGAUGACAAAAGGGAAGAUGAUUGGUGUGAAGACUGUGUCAGGUGAUUCUCAGAUGGCCCAUUCGGCCCAGGCCACCAAACUCCAGAGUGACCUCAACUACAAGAAAGAGUAUGAAGACACCAAGACAAAAUACAGUUCCUUACUCGAUAUGAUGACCCUCACCCAUGCCAAGAAAGCCCAGGAACUGGCCACUGAACAAAACUACAAAACCUUCUUACACAAAUACACCCUCCUGCCCAAUGAUAUGAAACUGGAAUGGGCCAAGAAAGCAUAUGGCCAACAGAGUGAUAAAAAGUAUCGCUCUGACCUGAACUGGAUGAAAGGGGUAGGAUGGGAGACCACUGGAUCACUUGAUAUACAACAGGCCAGAAAAGCUACAGAUUUAGCCAGCGAGAAAAAAUACAGACAGAAUGUGAGUGCUCUGAAGUACACCAGCGUGGAGGACACACCAGAGAUGGUCCAGGCCAAAAUCAGCAGCAAACUGGUUCUUGAUAGAUUAUACAGAAAGAAAGGAGCGAAUGAAAUGCACAAGUACACAUUGAUUGGAGAUAUUCCAGAGCAUGUGCAGGCUAAGAUCAAUGCCAUGAACAUCAGUGAGUCACGUUACAAAGAGUCCUGGACAAAGAUUAAAGAUGGUGGCUACAAGUUGCGCUUGGAUGCUAUUCCAUUCCAAUCAGCCAAAUCGUCUGCAGAAAUCCUCAGUGAUCAAAAGUACAAGGCACAGUUUGAGAAGACAAAAGGGAAGAUGAUUGGGCUAAAGGGACUACAGGAUGACAUAAACAUUGCUCACUCUGUGCAUGCCACAAAUAUACAAAGUGAUCUCAAAUACAAAAAAGACUCUUCUAAGUCGCAUUCUCAGUUCCAUCUACCAAUGGAUAUGUUAGACGUGCUCCAUGCUAAGAAUGCUCAGUCUCUGAUCAGUGAUCAGGACUACAGACUUACAUUACACAAGUACACAACACUGCCCGAUGACCUCAAAGUGCAGGCUGCCAAGAGAGCAUAUGAACUGCAGAGUGAGAAACUCUACCGCUCUGAUCUGAACUACCUUCGUGGUGCGGCCUGGAUUGCCACCGGUGCCUUACAGAUUGAGGGGUCCAAAAGGGCCACAGAUCUAAUCAGUGAGAAAAAGUAUCGCCAGCAACCCUACUCUUUUAAACACACAUCUGUCACGGAUUCUCCGGAUAUUGUGCAUGCAAAGACCAGUAGCAAGAUCAAUAAUGAGCGCUUGUACAAAGAAAAGGGAGAGAACUUCAAGCACAGCUACACCAUUACUGCUGAGCGACCUGAAAUCACCCAGGCCAAGAUUAAUGCUGCUAACUUCAGUGAUGUUAAAUACAAGGAGUCAUGGAAUGUGCUAAGAGCUCAGGGUUAUAAACUCACCAUGAAGGAUAUCCCCUUCCAGGCUGCAAAAGCCUCCACCAGCAUUGCUAGUGAUGUUCAAUACAAGCACAGCCAUGUAUUGGAGAAGGGCAAGCACAUCGGAGCUCGUAGCCUUCUGGAGGACUCGCACCUCAUGCACUGCAUGGAGAUGGGUCGUUUGCACAGUGACCAGCAUUAUCGCAAAGACGCCGUGUCCACCAGCGGCCAGUAUCAGCUGCCUCUGGACAUGGUGAACUUGGUUCAAGCCAAGAAAGCCCAGGCCUUAGCCAGCGACCAGGAUUACAAGACUCACAUCCACUCUUACACAGUCCUUCCUGAUGAUAUAAAGGUGCAGUGGGCCAAAAAGGCAUAUGACCUGCAGAGCCAGAAUGUAUACAAAUCAGAUCUGAACUUCAUGAAGGGAGUGGCCUGGGAUUCAGCAGGCGCACCCCAGAUGGAGUCUGCAAAGAAAGCCGGAGAGCUCAUUAGUGAUAAGAAGUACCGUCAACAUCCUGACAGUCUGAAGUUCACUCAAAUUGCUGAUUCACCAGAUAUCCUCCAUGCAAAGAACAGCUACAUGCAGUGUAGUGAGAGGAUGUACAAGUCUGGAGACUCUGAUUCUAUGCACAAAUACACAUUACACUCUGAUCAUCCUGACUUCAUCAGAGCAAAGAUCAACGCUCGGCAAAUUAGCAAUAAAGUGUAUAAAACAUCAGGUGAGCAGGUGAGGUCUGCAGGUUAUGACUUCAGGUUGGACGCCAUUCCCUUUCAGACAGCCAAGGCAUCUAGAGAAAUUGCUAGUGAUUUCCGCUAUAAGGAGGCAUUUGUCAAAGAGAAGGGACAUCAGGUGGGCCUCCUCAGCGUUGAGGAUGACCCCAAGAUGAAACACUCAUUGGCUGUCGGGAAGCUCCAGAGCAACAACGUGUACAAGAAGCAGUCCCAGGAGACACGCUCUCAGUUUAAGAUCCAUGCCGACCAGCCUGAUUUCCAGCAUGCUAAGAAGAGCCAGGCUCAGCUCAGCAAUGUCAACUAUCGCCAGCAUCUCCAUGACUACACCUGCGAUUCUAAUCAGCUCAACGUCAUACAUGCUAAACAAGCCUACCAGCUGCAGAGCGAUGUCAACUACAAAUCAGAUCUGAACUGGAUUAAAGGUGUGGGCUGGACCCCACCUGGCUCUCAUAAGGUAGAAAUGGCCCGCCGUGCUGCAGAACUGGGCCUUGCUGAAGGAGUGACCACUGAUGAGGCUAUCGCCCAGUAUCAGCAUCUAAUGAUGCUCCAGAGACAGCAGGAGUUCCAGGAGCAGCAGGAAUCCACCACAGAGCAGACGGAUACCACAAAGGAGUUCCAGCAGCCAGGAGUCAAUCCUGAUGCUAUGGAGAUCCUCCAUGUCAAGAGGAAGAAAACUAUUCACACCACAUUCAAGCAGGCCAAGACCACAAAAUCCAUCACGUCACAGUCUGUUGCUUCCCAUUCAACCACAAGUCAGUCUAUCACCAACCAGUCCUCCAAGAAACAAUCCAUUAUGAGCCAGUCUCAUGCUGAUGAAUCCACCGCAAGACAGAUGAGUGAAAACCGGGCCAUCACAGAUCAGGCUGCUGCAAAGUCAGGAACAAUGUAAUCUGUCAUUCUUGUCUUUUUUUUAAAAUCUAA